CCGACGACCUCGACCAAAGCAGAGACAGAGCGCGGUGGAUCAAUGCUGGGCAUCGUCGAAUGUGGGCUGGGGAAUGUCAUUGGGACUUGGGACCGGAGGGGAUGAUCGAUGGGGUGGUGGUGAUGGAUAGAAUGGUGAUCGUCUCGAGAACUUGGGACGAUCAUGUCGGAUGGCACACCGUGGACCGUCAAUGAGAGAAGACUCAGAAGAGCAGAGCAGAAGUUUCUGCCCAGAAUCAACCAGAUAUUGCGGCAGCAAGACCAAGCUCGGGUGCAAGACUCCCCACAUCUCGGGCCUUCGAUUCGGCGUUGCGGAAAAGAGCCAAACCAACAAACCGUCAUCUGCUUCGAAGCUUCAAGCUUCAAGCUGCAAGCAAGAGGCCGCAAAAUAGCCAACUUCGAAGCCUCAGAAGGCGGCCUAUCACAUACCUUCUUCACCCAUGCAGCAGGACCCCCAACGGCGCUUCGAACCGUCUGCAGAUUCUCUCUCCCUUCCAGAAGAAACUCGCGCUCUUCGGCGGAGGUAUUCCCUGCUCAGAACAGCACUUCGCCGCGGGUAUCCAGUCGGAGACGUAGGAUCAGGCACAAGCUUCUGCUGCUGCCCAGCCUGCCCUGCGCCAUACUGGCAGCAUAGUCUGAUACACCGCUGCACGUUGAAGAGGCGGGGGUCUGCUCCAGUCACUAGUGUUGGUGGAGAGGGGGUCGAACAUCUGCUACGCUUUCCAACCUGGACGUCUACCAACUAUCAGACAUGGUGUUUUGAGGUUUCGACGCUUCGAAGCCCUGAUCUGUCAGCCACGGAGAUCUCUUGACGGGCUUGAACCUUGAAAGAGGUGCUUCUGUCCAUCCGCCUGUUCGCUCAUGCG